AUGUCGCUAAAGUCUCAGAUUCACGAAGUUAUAACCAUCCCACACGAGGUGCUCGAAGGGAUCACCCUCUCUCAGUCUAGCGUCGACGAACGGUUCCGGUGGAGACAAAAUCGGCACACAAAGCUCAAGGAGGAUGCGGUGUACUCUUUGUCUGGCAUCUUUGAUGUCGACAUGGCGCCAGUCUACAGCGAAGGCACAGAGGAAGCUUUUAGACGGCUUCAUGACAAGAUUCGAAGCCGGGAAGAGUGUCUACGUGACUUAGGUUCUACCGAUUCCCGUAACGAUAAGAAGCGUAUUGAGGACACAAAGGGCGGCUUGUUGGAGGGCUCUUACCGCUGGGUACUUGACAACAGCAGUUUCCAGCAAUGGCACAACGACCCCGCCACGGCGGUGCUGCGCGGGCUGUUGUAUCUGCUCGUGAAUCAGCAGCCGGCACUCAUCGCAAACAUUCGCAAGACCUACGAUCAGGCGGGCAAGACCAUGUUUGAUGAUGCAAACGCAUGUGUUGCUUUAACAGAGAUACUUGCAGACGUGCUGCAGGACCCGAGCUUGGGCACUACAUACUUAGUCAUUGAUGCGCUCGAUGAGUGUAUCACUGAUCUGCCCAAGCUGCUUCACUUUCUCGCAAAAUACUCGUUUGCGUCUUUCCAGCAGGCAGGGCACAAUCUGAGCCUUGAGCUAAACGCGAAGUCGGUUGCGGCAGCGGUUGACAUAUUCAUCAAGCAAGAGGUGGACCAGUUGGCACAGGAAAAGCAAAAUAAAGCAAACGUUCGAUCCGGCGUGCUCCAACAAUUGACAUCGAACGCCAACGGUACCUUUCUCUGGGUAGCGUUGGUGUGCCAAGACCUCAAAGCGACACCAAAAUGGAACGUGCUGAAGAAGAUAGCGCUGUUCCCGCCUAGACUAGACUCCCUGUACAGGUGGAUGAUGCAGCAGAUCAGCAAACACGAGCAGGACAUGCGGGACGCGAAUGAGCUUACUAGGCUUGUUCAAGAUGCCCGUCGAUUCGUCAUGUACCACAAAGGGCCAAUCGAGAGCUACCCCCUUCAGACAUAUGCAUCUGCGCUGUUUUUCAGUCCGACAGGGAGCAUGAUCAGAAGGUUGUUUCGGCACGAAGAGCCGAAAGGGGUCACUGUCAAGCCAGUGAUAAUCGCCGGCUGGAGUGCGUGCCUGCAGACGCUCGAGGGCCAUAGCAGUGCUGUCAGCUCUGUAGCCUUCUCGCACGACUCGACCAAGCUGGCGCUGGCGUCAUACGACAAUACCAUCAAGCUCUAG